AUGGUCGCGCAGCUGUGCCCGUCGAGCUGCCUCAUCCUGUGCACGUCGACGAUCCUGGAGCUGCUGCCGCCGCAGCACCUCGUCGACGCGGACAUGGAGUGCCCGAGCUCCUGCGUGCACGCCUGCGUCGAGGCGAGCCGCGUCCACGAGCGGAGCGGCGGGAGCUUCGGCCAGUCGCUGAAGGACAACUUCGAGAUGAUCUCCAUCAUCGCGUCCGUGAUCCUGGCGCUGCUGGGCCACUGGAUCAACCGGCAGCGGGAGAUGGAGAGCGAGCGGCGGCGGCUCCGGCUCGAGCGGCUCGACGCGCAGCUCCGGGACUACUUCGGCCCCAUCGCCGCGAACCUCCUAUCGUCCAAACUCGCCUUCAACACGCUCAUGCGCACCUGGAGCCGCCACACGCACGCGAGCCCCGGGGAGACGCCCGCGGCCAAGUACUUCCGAGUGCUGCGCCGCGCGGAGAAGCUCGAGCACGCGAGCGGCGAGAUCGAGGUCGAGUGGGUGCGCGACAGCUGGAUCAGCUUCCACACGCAGAUCGUCGGGCCCAUCCACAAGCAGACCAUGCACAUCCUCCAGAGCAAGAGCCACCUCUACGACGGCUCGUACAGCACGCAGAUGCUCCAGUUCAUCGCGCACCAGAUCGAGUACGACCUGCUGAUGCUGCGCUGGGCCCAGGGCGAGUACAACAUGCUCAUCAACACCGUCGAGUUCCCCCAGGGCUUCGAGGCGACGGUGGCCAAGGAGAUGGCGCGGCUCCGCGAGGAGCAGCAGGACCUCAUCGUCGGCCGCGACCGCGACCACGAGAAGGACAGCGCGUGGCAGAAGGCGUCGGCGGCCAUCUCCAAGGCCACGGCGGGCUCCGUGGACGCGGAGCGCCGCGCGUCCAUCAACGCCAAGCACAACAUCGAGCUCGUCUCCGCGGGCGACGGUCAGCCGCCCCAGGAGCGGUCGAAGGUGAGCCGGCUCUCGUCGCAGCUCCGCGCGUCCGCGCACGCGAACCCCAUGCUCAAGGACGUCGCCAAGGGCAUCCUGGGCCACACGGACGCGCUCAAGCACCUCCACAACCGCGAGUCGUCGCCGAGCGCGGCGCUCAAGUCGUCCGUGUCCGAGGCGCUCGAGGGCCUCGACCUCGGCGAGUCCGCCUUCGGCGAGGACGUCAACGGGUCGCCGGAGGCGCCGAAGAACGGCAUCACGCGCCUCUUCCCCGCGGGCUCGGGCGAGAGCGAAUGA